AGCCCGCUCCAAUGCAGAGGUGACCCAAGCGGGCCAUCGUGCAUCGUCCAGAUCCCCUCCCCCUCCUCCUUGCGCUCUUCUGAAGCCGGCUGCUUUCCUGCCUCUGGGGCCCGAGCGCACAGGAACAAAAGCGCCUUGUCUGCUGCCCCCUCCAGCCCCAGAGGUGCUCCAGAUCAGCAGCCCCCCCGCCCGCCCCUUCCGGGGUUGGCGCUGCGGCCAAGGAGAGAGGCGGCGGCGGCGGCGGCGGCGUCCUGAGGGGCGGGGCUUCGUCGUGCCUCUCCAUCCUCCUCCUGCUGGGCGCAGGCACUUCCCAGCCGCAGCUGCCUCCGUCCGCAGAGCGAAGAAGCGCUCGCCUCUGUCCAGGAUGGUCAUCAAGGUCUACAUCGCCUCCUCCUCCGGCUCGACGGCGAUUAAAAAAAAGCAGCAAGAUGUUAUUGGCUUCUUGGAAGCCAACAAGAUUGAAUUUGAGGAGAAAGAUAUUGCCGCCAAUGAAGAAAACCGAAAAUGGAUGCGAGAGAAUGUCCCUGAAGAUAGCUGGCCAGCCUGCGGGAAUCCAUUGCCUCCUCGCAUCUUCAGUGACUGCCGGUACCUUGGGGAUUAUGAAGCGUUCUUUGAAGCUAGAGAGAAUAAUGCCGUGUAUGCUUUCUUAGGCCUGACUGCCCCACCUGGUUCAAAGGAGGCAGAAGCUCUGGCAAAGCAAGAAGCUUGACUUCCCUCUCCACAGCCUGCCUAAAGCCUUAAAUAUUAUGUAAAGGGAAACUUCCAUCGCUUUUUCUACAAUGGCAAAAUUGUCUCUGCUUCAAGAAAAAUGGGUUCUUGUCUUUCCUAAAAUGUGGAUUGCUGCCCACAGCAUUCCGUCAUAUACAACAGAGCAUGAGAUGAAAACUCAGAAUUUGCUUUGAGACAAAAGCAGUAUUUAGAAGACAUUGAUUCCCCCCCUCCCCCUGUAAUGUAAUCUGGUUUCUACAGUUGCAUAGAUUUUUGUAAAUGUUAAACAAAUCCUAUUUUACUAUUAAUAAUGCGGAUAUUGUUAUAUAGCCAAUUGUUUUAUAAAAUGGGGAAAAUAACAGGAAACAUUUAAUAAACCCAGUGCCUGAACUGCCUAAGAACAUUACUUAAAAUAACAAAUUAUCAUAAUAUUGGUCUUUUUUAAAAAGUGAUUUGUUGUUUUAAAAGUAUCUUAGUAAUAGUAUUAUAAUCAUUGAAGUUAAGGUAUUUCUUUGUAGAAUGGAUACUGAAAUUAUAUCUACACAAUUCUGUAGAUAUGAAAACAUGAUAUUUUCAUGGAUGUUACUAGUGUGGGGUGUUUCCCAAACUAUAAGUUUGUUAACUGCAUAAUGUAACUGCCUCUUGGGAAACCUGAAGACACCAAUAUGUGCAAGAUUUUACUGCAGUCUUGGUUAAAUUUGCAUUAAUAACCACAUGGUGUUAACAAGUGCCAGCAGUUGUCCUUUUUUGAAGCCUUUCAUAUCAUGUUGUGCAAAAAAUCCAUUCCAUUGUUUUUUUGGUUUUUUAAAACAUUUUGGACCAUGGAAAGCAUCUUCAAGUAGUCGCUAGCUGGAAAAACUGUCAUUCUGAGGAAUUAGUCUUGAAAAUGUUUGCUGCUGUGUAAGGAGAGAUAUUUCUCUUCUUAUGUUUAAGUUUAAAGUAGAUUUGCAAUACCAUGGAAUAGCCUUUAGCAAUCUAGUUCACCUUGUAGAAGAACUUUUGAAGUUUUUCAAAAUUUGGUUUUUUGCAAUCAGUAAACCUCACCAAAAGAGCACAUGUGGGGAUUAUGUACCACAGAAGUUGCAAAUUAAUGUUUAUGGGUGCAGAUUUCUUGGCUAUGUCAUUUUGGAGGGCUACAUAGAAGAUGUAGAGCUAGACCUGAAUCAGAUAUUUCUGAUUCAGAAAUAUGCUGCCAUACAGAUAGACUAUUUGCCUACCAGUCAAUCUUUAUUCUUGACCCUCUCUACCUGAGCAAAGUUGGCUUCUAAUGCACAUAUUUAUAGCCUAUUUGAUGCUUUCAACCAAAUCCGCACACGAGCAUUCCACCCUCCCUGGGCGGCCGAAUUGGCUGCCCACAUGAUUACCAGCUCUGCCACGGAACCGGUAGGGGCAGUGGGGAUCGGGGGCCAUCUGGUCCCGGAAGUCCCAGAAUGCCCUGUGCAAGUGCGUGAGGCAUUCUGGGGAGACCCCUGACACUGGGAGGCUUGUUGUAGCCUCCCAGUCCAGGGUUGCUACACUGUGGCAUCUCACAAUCAACAAAAUGGGAGGAACGGAGCGCAUGCUCCGCUAACCUCAUUUUAGGGGAGGGCUACUUUGGUGGGAUAGCCUCCCUUAGCCCGGUUUCCCUCCAUGGUGAGAAUAACCUCUGUGAAUUGCAAAUCUGCUUCAAGCCAGGGUCUCAAAUCGUGGUUAUCAUCUUCUUGUGGAAAUCAUGGCAAACUAUGGUUAGAGGAAACCAGAAUAUGGAGGAGGCAGUUUAUACACAAGAGAUGAGGAGAAAGCUCCCAAACCUGAUCUUGAUCUUCCAAAUCUUGGUUUGAAGACUGUCCAAACUGAGUCAUGGCUUUAAACAUCAUGCACAAACUGGAACAUUGGAAAUCUGGUAUAGCAAUUGUCAUAUCUGAGACUACAGUGUCAUCUUUUGCAGGUCACAACAAUUGCAUGAGAGCCUGAUUUGUGCAUCAGGGUUGUCCUGGGAAUGUCCAUGUGCCAAAAGGAUGAGCAGACCAGCCUUUUGUCUCCGACACUUUCUCUUUUUCUAAAGUGCAGUAGUUUCUGGUAGUACUCCUUGCAUUCCAGAGGAAAUGGUGUUUAGAGUGGAAAGGGAUUAUUCCUAUGUGGAGGACAAAUCAGUCAUAGGAAAUCAUACCAGUGGUCUGUUUAAGUUGUUGCCUGUAUAUUAAACUUGUAUGGACACAUCUUUUAAGAUUUCAUGCAUGCGUUUAGAAACUUUAGUCAUUAUUGAUACAUGAUGAUUUAUAUAUACAAUUUUGAUUCAAUCAUCAAUGUUUGGUAUACUAUAUGUUUUCAUGCUAUAGAGAAAGCACUUUUCUUACUGGUGUACUUCUUUUAGAACUUGUCCAUAGACCUAUUGAAGAGUCCAGCUCGGGGAAACAGCACUUCUAAAUUUGAACCAAAGUCCCGAAACUAGCGAGCUGUUAAAUUCGCACAGGUUUCUAUCUGUGUUUUUGUGAGUAGGUUAAAAAGAACAGAAUCCCAUUUUUGAGUGUCCUAUUACCUUCCAGACUCCCUUUCCUGGCCAUUGGUUUGCCAUCUCAGAGGAUGAAUACUCAUAGUGAUUUUUGGUGAUAUCUACCCUUCUAGAGAUGGAAGAUAUGCGAUAGCAUUGUUGUACUUACAGCUUUCUCUGUAUUAUCACCCCUUCUUUAUCCCUACCCACAAAUGAUUAGAGUAAAAUUGCAGUCGUUUUUGCACAGAGCAAAGGGUCGUGGUUAGGAUAACAUAGUAUAAAUUGUUGUACUCUUUCCAUGGAAUAAUCUUUGGAAGACAUUCCUAGCAAUUUCCAUUUCCAUUCCUCUGACACUGAUAAAAUUUUAUGGUACUUUUUGUGUUUUUAGAACAUUUUAAAAGUUUUUCCAACACCAUUGCAAUGUGGCUGUUGCAGGCCUGAUGCUCAGGACAAGAAAAGCAUGACCACACACUGAAAGCUGCAAGUAUUACAAUGCUAUCACCUCUUUUUCAUCUCAAGGGGUGUAGACCUUGUCAAAUAUCACAAUGAUCAUUCAUUCUCCCAGGUGAUAGCAACCACCCCAUUUGGCUCAUGUACUAGUUGGGGAUAUGGCUCCUCCCAAACAAAAACGUAUGGCAGAGGGGAACAAGCAUUCCUUUAUUUCCUCAAAUGCAUCAUAAUAUAGUCAGUUGUCAUCACAGCAGAGAUGGGCAAAUUUCAGAAAACAAUUUUGCAUUUCCUGGGGAAGAACCCUUAAAUGAAUUUGCUCAUUUCUUCCCAGCCAUCAUCAUCAUCAUCUCCCUAACAAAUCAGGCAAUGAGACAUCUUGGAUUUUUGUUUGUUAACUUUUGCUAUCUUGUUGCAAUAAAGCCCUUUCAACAUGUUUGCAAAGA